CUGCUUUUCCAUCCGAUUGGCUAAAAACGCAGUCUGUCUCUGCACUUCCUCCUUGCUCAAGUUUAAAAAAGUUUAAGGUGGAGACAAAAAGAAGGGCGUGUGAUUCGUAAUAUACACAUUGUAGCGUCAAGAAAACGGAACAGUUGACUUGCAAAGCAAGCUUAACCAGGCGUUCUUUUUUGCUUAGCUAUCGCAAUUACUAGGAAGCCAUCUUGUUCGGACAAGCCUUAAAAGUGUUGUUGUCGUUUUAGUUUGUUUUGUAGUUACUGUUACAGUUUAGAUGUUCCUCUGAUUUUAAAGCGCUUUGGAUGACGAAAGCAAGUUGUUUAGCAUUUGAGGGUUAAUGAGCAGGAUUGUUUUUGUACGAAAUCGAAAUGAUCCAUUUUGGUCAUCGGCCUACUUCCUGAAAAGAAAAGGAUUAAUAAAGCAAAAAGAACAGAAGAAACGGCGAAUUCCGCAUUUUGGAAAAAGAAUACAUUGUAUGUUCCGUUGGAGACACGAGCGUGACCACAAUUUUAUGAGUAAACUGUCUCGACGUGUAUUUGGGCACCCUUACACCCCUUCCCUACUUGACUGGUUUUCAGGAUGGCCAAUAGCAGCCCUGUAAUGCCCUCAUCACCCCUGUCCCAGGUGUUCUUUACUCCAGGCGUCCCUUCUCUUCCUGCGUCAGUGGAGACACAGAAUGUCAAACCAGUAUCACUACCUGCUGUAUAUAACUCGAGCUUUUCUGCUGCAGAGACAGGGUUAUCACAAGGGUCAAGCGGCACCAAUAUGUCUCUCUUGCCUUCCACACCGGCUGGUGUAUCCUUUCUCAUCCAGAUAGGACUAACACGAGAGUCAGUGCUACUGCCCCAAACAGCAGAUCUGGCCUAUGUCAAACAGAUUGCCUGUUCCAUCGUGGAUCAAAAGUUUCCUGAGUGUGGCUUCUAUGGGAUAUAUGACAAAAUCCUUCUGUUCAAGCAUGACACAAGUUCCAACAACAUCCUCCAAUUAGUCAAGGCUUCAACAGAUAUCCAGGAGGGUGAUCUGGUGGAGGUGGUGCUGUCUGCGGCUGCAACUUUUGAGGAUUUCCAGAUUCGACCGCAUGCCCUAAAUGUGCACUCAUAUCGUGCCCCUGCUUUCUGUGACCACUGUGGAGAAAUGUUGUUCGGCCUUGUAAGACAAGGCCUCAAAUGUGAUGGUUGUGGACUGAACUACCAUAAGCGCUGUGCUUUCAGCAUUCCUAAUAACUGCAGCGGGGCAAGGAAGAGGCGGCUGUCCACCACAUCUCUCACCAGUAGCCAAUCUAUGCGUCUUUCUACCACAGAAUCUUUUAGCAGUGUCAGCACCGGCACAACCGCAGAUGACACAAAUCUAGUUCGCUCACACACACAGAUGCCCCGAACUCCCAGUGAUGCACGAAGAUUCUACACAGGUCGACCUGUUCACCUAGACAAGAUGCUGAUGAGUAAAGUAAAAGUGCCACACACAUUUGCAGUGCACUCCUACACACGGCCCACUGUCUGCCAGCAUUGCAAAAGACUGCUCCGUGGCCUUUUCCGCCAGGGUCUUCAGUGCAAAGACUGUAAAUUUAACUGUCACAAAAGGUGUGCAUACAAAGUGCCCAAUGACUGUCUUGGAGAAACUAUAGAAGAUAUAUUGAGUCCAUCUAUGGACACUGAUGUGUCUAUGGAUUACAGUAGUGAGUAUUCAGACUCCGAGAGGUCUUCCCUAAUAGAUGAUUCAGAUGAGGCCUGCAGCAUCCCUGGCUCUUUCUCCCCUGAUAACAGUCAAGACAGAGUCAGUGGGGACCAGAGUGCCAAUAUUCCCCUGAUGAGAGUAGUGCAGUCAGUGAGACAAACCACACGUCGCUCCAGUACUGCUAUUAAAGAGGGCUGGAUGGUCCACUACAGCAACAAGGACACCCUGAGGAAGCGACAUUACUGGCGUUUGGACUGCAAGUGCAUUAUCCUUUUCCAGAAUGACACUACCAAUAAAUACUACAAGGAAAUACCUCUUUCUGAAAUUCUAGAAGUAUGCCCGGCUGGUGAUUUCAGCCUGCUGACUAGUGGUGCCAGCCCACACUGUUUUGAGAUAGUUACUGGCACCAUGCGCUACUUUGUUGGUGAGGAUUCAAACCUUGUAGCAUCCCAGUUACUGGGUGCAUCAGGGCUUACCUCAUCAAAUAGUGUGACCACCAAUAGUGAUGUGGGACGUGAAGUUGCUGAAGCUUGGAAGAGUGCCAUACGCCAGGCCCUAAUGCCUGUCAUAUUCCAGGACAAUCCACUACCUGAAGGCAGCACUCCACAUAGGCAGGCGUCUGUCAGUAUUUCCGUGUCAAACAGUCAGGUUCAGGAGAAUGUGGACAUUGGCAUGAUAUAUCAGAUUUUUGCUGAUGAAGUGCUGGGUUCUGGCCAGUUUGGAGUGGUAUAUGGCGGUAAGCACAGGAAAACAGGACGGGAUGUGGCAGUAAAGGUGAUUGAUAAGCUACGCUUUCCAACUAAACAAGAGAGUCAGCUGAGAAAUGAGGUGGCUAUACUUCAGAGUUUGCGCCACUUGGGCAUAGUGAAUUUGGAAUGUAUGUUUGAAACUCCUGAGAAGGUGUUUGUUGUAAUGGAAAAGCUUCAUGGAGACAUGCUGGAGAUGAUCCUCUCCAGUGAGAAGGGACGAUUGCCUGAGAGGCUCACAAAGUUUCUUAUCACACAGAUUCUGGCUGCUCUAAGGCACCUCCACUUCAAGAAUAUUGUGCAUUGUGACUUGAAGCCUGAGAAUGUAUUGCUGUCCUCAGCAGAACCCUUUCCACAGGUUAAGCUGUGUGAUUUUGGUUUUGCCCGUAUCAUUGGGGAAAAGUCUUUUCGGCGCUCUGUUGUGGGAACACCUGCGUACUUGGCUCCAGAGGUGUUGUUGAACCAAGGGUACAACCGUUCCCUAGACAUGUGGUCUGUUGGGGUCAUAAUGUAUGUGAGUUUAAGUGGGACCUUCCCCUUUAACGAAGAUGAAGAUAUCAAUGAUCAGAUUCACAAUGCAGCUUUUAUGUACCCACCCAACCCAUGGAAACAAAUCUCUCCAGCAGCUAUUGAUCUUAUCAAUAACCUUCUACAAGUGAAGAUGAGAAAACGUUACAGUGUGGACAAAAGUCUCAGCCAUGCAUAUUUACAGGAUUAUCAGACAUGGCUUGAUCUUCGAGAGCUGGAGUUGAAACUAGGUGAACGUUACAUAACCCAUGAAAGUGAUGAUAGUCGCUGGCAGUUGUUUGCUCAGGAGCAUGGAUUGCCUUAUCCAGCACAUCUGUUAUUUGCACCACCUGCUUGUGAUGAUCUAGAGGGCAAUGAUGACCCUACCAUUCAGGGAUUAACAGAGCGUGUUAGCUUCCUCUGAGGAAGAGAAAAGAGAUGAGGCAGCCAAGCAUCGAGUGAAGAGAGCUAUAAGCCCUAUAUGAAAAAGCAAUGACUGUUUUAAGUCCUUUGUUCCUUACCCAUAUGAUGUUUUCCUCUGUAAUCAUAACUGUAACCUUUUAUGAAGCGACUCCCACUUUGCUUGUUAGUUAUGUAAAUUACAAUGCCACAUCUUGUUGAAGUGAAAUAAUGUUAAAAUUACAAUUGCCAGACAGCAAAAAAAAUUUCAGGUAAUCAGUGCCUUUUUCCUGUUUAAUCUUUUCCAAGUUUUUACAAUAUUCAAAUUAUUAUGCAAACUUAAGAUUAGUGUCAUUUUGUUUCAUUUUAUUCCAUUUAUUUUUUUAUGGUGGUCAGUUUGUGUGUUUACAAUAUGCAAACAAUGUAGCACUUUAAUCAUUCUCUCACUAAUGUAAGGUCUGAUGGAUGAUUGUGUGGAAAUUC